AUGUGUUGGUUCUUAUUUCAGGUCGAAGUGGUGGCUCCUAUUCCUGACGACAACUCGGAGGAAGGAGAUGACGACAGUUCUGAUGUUGUGUGGAUUUGCCCUUCGUGUUCCGUUGCUUGGACAGAAGGCGCUACAAUGGUUUGCUGCGACAUGUGUGACAACUGGUUCCACUGGCAUUGCGUAGGCCUAAUCGUUGCACCUCCUGACGAUGUACCGUGGUUUUGUCAAAAAUGUGCUUGUAAAAAGCAGAGCGAAAAGUCAGGUAAACGUCCAGGAAGUAAGCUAGAGGGAUCUGUUCGAAAAAGAAAGAAACUGCCCUGA